UUAAUGAGUGAAUAUCAAGAAUCAGAGGGUAAUUUAGGCGUUGUCCUAUUUAAUGAUGCAUUGGAACACUUGAGUGCAAUGCAUCGGAUCUUACGUUUAGAUGGUGGACAUGCCCUAUUGAUUGGUAUAUCAGGAUCAGGUAAGAAGUGUCUGGCUAGACUAGCUGCAUUCAUUGCUAAAAUUAAACCAUUUGAAAUUAUCUUAAGACGUGGCUAUCAUGAAGGAGAAUUUCGUGAAGAUUUGAAAAAGUUGUAUACAGCUAUGUCAACAACUAAAGAGGAUUAUAUGUUUCUUGUUUCGGAAGAACAUAUUCGUGAUGAAG